GGAUCCAAGUUCCGAAACAUAAAUAAAUUGAGGACAUAGAGAUUAGGUUAGUGUGAGUCUCGCCUCUCUUUCUCUCCCCUGCGGCUAGGGUUUUUGGUUUUUCACUCUCUUUCGCCUCUUUUCCUUUUCUCAUUUCCCUUCUCUUCCGAUCUGACUCAAGCGAUGGAACCGUCCUUCAGUUAAGCCUUUUGUGCGGUGCUCAGAAAAAGUAGCGGUUUUCGGAUUUUCCUAAGAAGGGUUGCGUUUGGAAAAUGGCCACUGCGAAUCCUUUCGAUUUGUUGGGCGACGAUGCCGAGGACCCCUCGCAGCUGAUCGCGGCGGAGCAGCUCAAGGCCGCCGCGGCGCCGCCCAAGAAGGAGCAGGCCAAGCCCGGAGCUCGCGGCGGCGCGGUGGCUCAGCCGAGCAAGCCGGCUCAGUUGCCGUCCAAGCCUCUUCCUCCCACUCAGGCUGUGAGGGAGGCUAAAAGUGAUGUUUCUCGUGGUGGCCGUGGAGGUGGCCGAGGAGGUGGACGCGGAUUUGGACGUGGUCGUGGAAGUGGUGGCUUUGGCCGUGAUUAUUCCAAUGAUGAGAACUCAUCGGCCCCUGCUAACCAAGGUGCUUUUGAAGGAGAUGAUUCUGGGAAUCCCUCAGAAAGACGUGGUUAUGGUGGACCUGGUGGACCUCGUGGGCCUUAUCGUGGUGGUGGUCGCCGUGGAGGCUUUAGCAAUGGUCAAGUUGGUGAAGAUGGACGUCCACGGAGAGCAUUUGAACGUCACAGUGGGACUGGACGAGGAAAUGAAUUCAAGCGUGAUGGUGCUGGACGUGGGAACUGGGGUACACAGUCUGAUGAUAUUGCUGAGGUGACUGAGGAAGUGGUUAAUGAAUCUGAAAAGAAUUUGGGUGAUGAGAAGCCUGCAGGCGAGGAAGAUGGAGCAGAAGGAAACAAGGACAGUCCUGCUAAUGAAAAUGAAGAAAAGGAGCCUGAGGAUAAGGAGAUGACACUGGAAGAAUAUGAGAAAGUGCUGGAAGAGAGAAGGAAGGCUCUGCAGGCACUUAAGACUGAAGCGACAAGAAAGGUGGAUAUCAAGGAGUUUGCUUCAAUGCAGCCACUGUCAAACAAGAAAGACAAUGAUGAGAUAUUUAUUAAAUUGGGAUCUGACAAGGAUAAGCGCAAAGAUGCUUUGGAUAAGGAGGAGAAAUCUAAGAAGUCUGUCAACAUCCAUGAGUUUCUGAAACCCGCUGAAGGAGAAAGGUACUAUAACCCUGGUGGGCGUGGUAGGGGACGUGGCCGUGGUUCUAGAGGAGGUUACAGUGGAAAUGCAGGAAGCAAUGUACCAGCUCCAUCAAUUGAGGAUCCUGGUCAAUUCCCAACCUUGGGUGGCAAGUGAGGUUUUCCAAGGACCCUUCUGACAUUCCCCUGUCCUUUUUUUUUUGUCAAUGUUGGGUUCUCUGAUUUGGACUGGAGCAGGAAAAAACUUUGGUAAUUAAAUUUCCUGAAUUAGAAGGGCUAUUUGACUUUUAUGCCUUAAGAUGUAAAUUUAGGUUGUUCUUCAUACGGUCCUUGUAGUCUUUUCUUUGUGUUUUGCUGUUACUUUGGUUGGACACUCUGGGGGGUUAUAUGGUGGCGGAUAAGACAUAAAUGUUGUUGAGUUUCGUUUUAUUUAUAGAUUGAAUUCUCAGUUUUGAUUUGAA